AUGGCACAUUUCGUAACAAUUGCUACAUGCAACCUCAACCAAUGGGCUCUCGACUUCGAGGGAAACCGUGACCGUAUUUUGGAAAGUAUCCGUGUGGCUAAAAGUAAAGGUGCUAAACUCAGAGUGGGCCCAGAGUUGGAAAUAUGUGGUUAUGGAUGUUUAGACCACUUUGGCGAGAAUGAUCUCUACGAGCAGUCAUGGCAGAUGUAUGGCGAAAUCCUCAACCAUCCUGAUACCGACAACAUUAUCUUGGAUAUUGGUAUGCCUAUCAUACACAAGUCGAUCAAGUACAAUUGUCGUGUGAUCAGUUUCAACAAAAAGAUUCUUCUCAUUAGACCGAAAUUGCAUCUUGCAAAUGACGGCAAUUACAGAGAAAUGCGGUACUUUACUCCUUGGAACAGACCCAAGUAUCACGAAACGUUCUACUUGCCAAGGGAAAUCAAGAACAUCACCCACCAGACCUCUGUGCCAAUCGGAGAUUGUGUCAUAGAAACCAUGGACACCAAGAUUGGAGCUGAGACUUGUGAGGAACUUUUCACCCCACAAUCUCCACAUAUUGCAAUGGCCCUUGAUGGUGUCGAGAUCUUCACCAAUUCUUCUGGAUCUCACCAUGAACUCAGGAAGUUGGAUGUCAGAAUGGAGUUGAUCUCUGGUGCUUCCAAAAAGUGUGGUGGAGUCUAUGUGUAUGCUAAUCAAAAAGGGUGCGAUGGUGAUCGUCUUUACUACGAUGGAUGCGCCUGCAUCAUUCUCAAUGGUCAAAUUCUUGCACAGGGUCAGCAGUUCUCUCUUGAUGAUGUUGAAGUUGUGACUGCAACUAUCAAUCUCAAUGACAUUCGUUCUUACAGGAAUCAGAAGUCAGCAGCUCUUCAAUCAACCGCAAGUGAAAAUCCUUACCAUUCCGUCUUCGUUGACUUCGAGAUGUCGCCUCCUGCUCUUGUGUUUGAUCCUUCGGUGAAACCUACCGAACCAAGACCGGCAAGAUACCAUAAACCAGAGGAAGAAAUUGCUCUUGGUCCAGCAUGCUGGCUUUGGGAUUAUUUACGUCGUUCCAAGACCGGUGGAUUCUUUCUUCCUUUGAGUGGAGGCAUCGACUCAUGUGCAACAGCAGUCAUUGUUCACUCAAUGUGUAGAUUGGUUGUUAAGAGCAUUGACGCCGGAAAUGAACAAGUUCUCCAAGACUUAAGGGCCCUCACGAAAUCUAAGGACUUUCAUCCAAAAUUGAGUCAGACUGUUGCUAGUCGCUUAUUUUACACGUCAUACAUGGGGACUGAAAACUCGUCGAAGGAAACUAGAGAAAGAGCCAGAGAUUUGGCUGCCAAAAUCGGCGCAAACCAUGUUGAUUUGAACAUGGAUUCUGUCGUGAGCUCUGUCGUCAGCUUAUUCGAGGUUGCAACCGGUAAGAAGCCCAUUUUCAAGAUUUUUGGCGGCUCACAAACUGAGAAUUUGGCACUCCAGAACAUCCAGGCUCGCUUGAGAAUGAUUCUAAGCUACCUCUUUGCUCAAUUGUUGCCUUGGACGAAAGGAAGAGAAGGUGGUCUUCUCGUUUUGGGAAGUGCGAACGUCGAUGAAUGCUUGCGUGGUUACUUGACCAAGUAUGAUUGUUCAAGUGCGGACCUCAACCCUAUCGGAGGAAUUUCUAAAACCGACUUAAAAGCUUUUAUCAAAUGGGCCGAGAAGAAAUUCAACAUCCCUAUUUUGAAGGAGUUCAUUGAAGCUACUCCUACUGCGGAACUUGAGCCUAUCACAAAAGAUUACGUUCAAUCAGACGAGGUGGAUAUGGGAAUGACAUAUGAAGAAUUGUCAGCAUUCGGAAAACUCAGAAAAGUUGAUAAGUGUGGUCCAAAGGCUAUGUUUGUCAAAUUGUACCAUGAGUGGUCUCGUCCACCCUACAACUACUCGGCAGAGGUAAUUGCAGAGAAGGUGAAAAAGUUCUACUUCUUCUACGCGAUCAACAGGCACAAGAUGACCACUAUGACGCCUUCAUACCACGCAGAGCAAUACUCACCAGAUGAUAACAGAUUUGAUUUGCGUCCAUUCUUGAUCAACCCAAGAUUUCCAUUGGCCAGCAAAAACAUCGAUAGCAUUGUAUCGGAGAUAAACCAGAGAAACAGAUAUCAUGAGCCUCGUGCGAAGGUUGAGGAAAAGAAGCAAAAUGGUCUCUUUGUCCCCAAGAAUGAGGAAGUCGACUAG